AUGCCCAUCACAAAGAUCCACGCUCGUACCGUCUACGACUCUCGCGGUAACCCUACCGUCGAGGUCGACCUCGUCAGCGAGACCGGUCUCCACCGCGCAAUCGUACCUUCCGGUGCUUCCACUGGCUCCCACGAGGCCUGCGAGCUCCGCGAUGGCGACAAGUCCAAGUGGGGUGGUAAGGGUGUCACCAAGGCCGUUGCCAACGUGAACGACGUUAUCGCACCUGCCCUCAUCAAGGAGAAGAUCGACGUCAAAGACCAGUCCGCCAUUGACGAGUUCCUCAACAAGCUCGAUGGCACCAAGAACAAGGAGAAGCUCGGCGCUAACGCCAUUCUCGGAGUCAGCAUGGCUGUUGCAAAGGCCGCUGCUGCUGAGAAGGGUGUCCCGCUGUACGCCCACAUCUCGGACCUUGCUGGCACCAAGAAGCCCUACGUCCUCCCCGUUCCCUUCCAAAACGUCGUCAACGGUGGAUCCCAUGCCGGUGGUCGUCUUGCUUUCCAGGAGUUCAUGAUUGUUCCUUCGGAAGCUCCUUCCUUCAGCGAGGCCAUGCGCCAGGGUGCCGAAGUCUACCAGAAGCUCAAGGGCCUUGCUAAGAAGAGGUACGGACAGUCCGCCGGCAACGUCGGUGAUGAGGGUGGCGUCGCUCCCGAUAUUCAGACCCCCGAGGAGGCUCUCGACCUCAUCACCGAUGCCAUCGAGGAAGCUGGUUACACUGGCCAGAUCAAGAUUGCCAUGGACGUUGCUUCUAGCGAGUUCUACAAGACCGAAGAGAAGAAAUACGACCUCGACUUCAAGAACCCCGACAGCGACAAGAGCAAGUGGCUCACCUACGAGCAGCUCGCCGAUCUCUACAAGUCUUUGGCUGAGAAGUACCCCAUUGUCAGCAUCGAGGACCCCUUCGCUGAGGAUGACUGGGAGGCCUGGAGCUACUUCUUCAAGACGUCCGACUUCCAGAUCGUCGGUGAUGAUUUGACCGUCACCAACCCCGAGUUCAUCAAGAAGGCCAUCGAGCUCAAGUCUUGCAACGCUCUUCUCCUCAAGGUCAACCAGAUCGGUACCGUCUCAGAAGCCAUCCAGGCUGCUAAAGACGCCUUUGGUGCUGGCUGGGGCGUCAUGGUUUCUCACCGCUCUGGUGAGACCGAGGAUGUGACCAUCGCUGAUAUCGUCGUUGGUCUCCGAAGUGGACAGAUCAAGACUGGUGCACCCGCACGAUCUGAGCGUCUCGCCAAGCUCAACCAGAUCCUCCGUAUCGAGGAGGAGCUUGGCUCCAACGCCAUCUACGCCGGCUCGAACUUCCGCACUGCGGUCAACUUGUAA